ACCCACCCACAGCCAACAAACCCUAAGCCAGCGCGCGCGCGAGAGCGAGAGAGAUCCAGCCAUGGAGGGCUCCCUCCUCCGCCGCCUCCUCCUGGUGGCCGGCCUCCUGGCCGCGCUGCUCCCGGCCGCCGCCGCCACCUUCGGGCCGCAGCCGGGCGCGCCCUGCGAGCCCACCCUCCUCGCCACCCAGGUCUCGCUCUUCUGCGCGCCCGACAUGCCCACCGCGCAGUGCUGCGAGCCCGUCGUCGCCGCCGUCGACCUCGGCGGCGGCGUCCCCUGCCUCUGCCGCGUCGCCGCCGAGCCGCAGCUCGUCAUGGCGGGGCUCAACGCCACCCACCUCCUCACCCUCUACACCUCCUGCGGAGGCCUGCGUCCCGGUGGCGCACACCUCGCCGCCGCAUGCCAAGGACCCGCUCCCCCCGCCGCCAUCGUCUUCGCACCGCCGCCGUCUCCCGCGCCUCGCCGCAAGCAGCCAGCACAUGAGGCACCUCCCCCGCCGCCGUCGACCGACAAGCCGUCCCCGCCGCCUCAGCAGCGCGACGGCGCCGCCCACGCCAAGGCCGUCCCCGCCGCCCCGGCUACUUCCCCGCUCGCGCCCACUGCUGCCAUCGCCCCGGCGGCGCCCCAGCCACCACACUCCGGCGCGUCGUCCGAGGGAAUCACCUGCGCCAUCCUCAUCAUCAUCAUCGGCAUCAUCAUCUGGAGCUUCCGCCAGCACUGAGGCGCGCGCGUCCCCUGCCCCAAGACUAUGAUCCAGUUACAUGUUUUCUCUCCAUUUGGUUCUGUCUCGAGUCCGUAAAAGACAGGUGGAUCUUGAGAUUUCUUCUGCAUCGCGCGUAGUGGUAGCUGGUAACAGUAAUGUCCGUGUGUCCUCGGCUGCGUAGUUCCUCUAGUUUUUGUGAUCGAUCGGUACUGGCUUGGCCAAGGCGUCGUCAGAGGUGAACAUUUGGGUCUCAUGAUUGCUUUGCUCUAGUAAGAUGAACCACUGCUAUGUGAUCGACAUGAUCUGAAUCUGAGUCACUGAAUUGAUGCAAUUUUGCUUGCUUUCUGCUCAUGAUGUGAUGAUGCUCUUGUUCAGUUGCUCAAUCUCUGUUGAUUCCUUU